GCGGGGGGCGGCAGAGGCGCGAGGCGCGCGGGCGGCCGGCGGGCAGCAGGCGGGCCUGCGCCGGCUCUAGGCGGCCGACCUGUGGACUUGGUCCCUGCUCCCUGCGGCCCGCCUCCUUCCGUGAGUACCGUCCCUGCCCUUCUUCCGGAGGAGCCUCUAGCCCGGGGCCUGGGUGAGGGGCCAGGGGUUCGUUGGAGGAGUGGAGUUUCCCAGAGGAGGCCCGCACCGGCCCUCCCUCGCCGCGGACGCCCCUCACAUGGCCACAGGUGUGGCCGGCUGAGAGAGGUGCUCUCCGGCCGGUUCCCCAGCCCCUCUCGCUCGGGUAAUAAGGGGCAGCUGGUGCCAUCCAUUGACAAGUGACAGGCACUUUCCAGCAGCCCGACUUGCCGGAUCGGCAGCCCAACCAGUCCUACCUCUACUCUACUCCGGGAAACUUCACCACCACCGCCGCCAGGUGCAAAAAUAUUGUACACCAAGAAGCCAUGGAGAAAAGUGUGGCUGAAACAGAAAAUGGAGAUGCUUUCCUUGAGCUGAAGAAACUGCCCACCUCCAAAUCCCCCCAUCGCUAUACGAAAGAGGAGCUCUUGGAUAUAAAAGAACGUCCAUACUCCAAGCAGAGGCCAUCAUGCCUCUCUGAAAAAUAUGACAGUGAUGGUGUCUGGGACCCUGAGAAGUGGCAUGCCUCUCUCUACCCAGCCUCGGGGCGGAGCUCACCAGUGGAAAGUCUGAAGAAAGAGUCAGAAUCCGAUCGACCUUCUCUGGUGCGCAGAAUAGCAGAUCCACGAGAGCGAGUGAAAGAAGAUGACUUAGAUGUUGUUCUCAGCCCACAGAGACGAAGCUUUGGAGGUGGCUGCCAUGUGACAGCUGCUGUUAGCUCCCGACGAUCUGGCAGUCCAUUGGAGAAAGACAGUGAUGGACUUCGCCUGCUUGGUGGACGAAGAAUUGGCAGUGGAAGGAUAAUUUCUGCCCGGGCCUUUGAAAAGGAUCACCGUCUCAGUGAUAAGGACCUGCGAGACUUGAGAGACCGAGACAGAGAGAGGGACUACAAGGACAAACGUUUCAGGAGGGAGUUUGGAGAUAGUAAACGUGUCUUUGGUGAGCGUAGAAGAAACGAUUCAUACACUGAGGAAGAACCAGAAUGGUUUUCAGCUGGACCCACCAGUCAGUCUGAAACCAUAGAGCUGACUGGCUUUGAUGAUAAGAUUCUAGAGGAGGAUCACAAAGGCAGAAAAAGAACAAGGCGACGGACUGCCUCUGUGAAGGAAGGCAUAGUGGAGUGCAAUGGAGGGGUGGCUGAAGAGGACGAGGUGGAAGUCAUUCUGGCCCAGGAGCCCUCUGCUGAUCAGGAAGUUCCAAGGGAUGUCAUCCUACCUGAGCAGUCCCCAGGAGAAUUUGACUUUAAUGAAUUCUUUAACCUUGAUAAGGUGCCAUGCUUGGCUUCGAUGAUAGAAGAUGUUCUGGGGGAAGGAUCGGUCUCUGCCAGCCGCUUCAGUAGGUGGUUCUCUAACCCAAGCCGGUCAGGGAGCAGAUCCAGCAGCCUUGGAUCCACACCCCAUGAAGAACUUGAGAGACUGGCAGGUUUGGAGCAAGCCGUCCUCUCUCCUGGACAGAACUCGGGGAAUUAUUUUGCUCCUAUACCAUCGGAAGACCAUGCUGAAAAUAAAGUGGACAUUUUAGAAAUGCUACAGAAAGCCAAAGUAGAUUUAAAACCUCUUCUUUCUAGCCUUUCUGCAAAUAAAGAAAAACUUAAGGAGAGCUCACAUUCAGGGGUUGUACUUUCAGUGGAAGAGGUAGAAGCAGGGCUGAAGGGCUUGAAAGUGGACCAGCAAAUGAAGAAUUCAACUCCCUUCAUGGCAGAACAUUUAGAGGAGACCCUGAGUGCUGCGAGUAGCAAUAGACAGCUCAAGAAAGAUGGAGAUAUGACUGCAUUCAACAAGCUAGUGAACACCAUGAAGGCAAGUGGAACUUUGCCUACCCAGCCCAAAGUCAGUCGAAACGUUGAAAGUCACUUAUUGGCCCCUGCUGAGAUUCCAGGCCAGCCUGUUUCUAAAAACAUCCUACAGGAACUUCUGGGUCAACCGGUUCAGAGACCCGCUUCUUCCAAUCUUCUCAGUGGCCUUAUGGGGAGCUUGGAGGCUACUGCAUCUUUAUUGAGCCAAAGAGCGCCCUCUCCUCCAAUGUCACAGGUAUUUCGAACUCAAGCAGCCUCAGCAGACUACCUUCAUCCAAGGAUACCAUCACCAAUAGGUUUCCCUUCAGGACCCCAGCAACUACUUGGAGAUCCAUUCCAAGGCAUGCGCAAGCCCAUGAGUCCUGUCUCAGCCCAGAUGAGCCAGCUAGAAUUGCAGCAAGCUGCUUUGGAGGGGCUGGCCCUACCACAUGACCUUGCAGUCCAGACAGCACCCUUCUACCAGCCUGGUUUUAGCAAACCACAAGUGGACAGAACCAGAGAUGGGCUCAGAAACAGGCAACAGCGAAUGUCAAAGUCACCAGCACCCAUGCAUGGUGGAAAUUCCUCUUCCCCAGCUCCUGCUGCCUCCAUCACAAGCAUGCUUUCUCCUUCCUUCACCCCUACCUCAGUGAUCCGGAAGAUGUAUGAAAGCAGAGAGAAAACCAAGGAGGAAAUGGCACCUGGAAUGGUGGUUCCUGGUGAUGGUAAAGAGGAUACUCAGAAGACCAGCGAAGAGAACCUGCUGUCAUCCAAUCCCAUACCCAAUACUGAUCAAGACUCUUCUACGACAAAUCCUAAGCUUUCAACAUUACAGCGGUCUUCAUGUUCCACCCCACUCUCCCAGACCAGCCGUUAUACCAAAGAACAAGAUUAUCGACCUAAAACAGCAGGAAGGAAAACACCUACCUUGGCAUCCCCAGUCCCAGGAACACCUUUUCUCCGCCCUACCCACCAAGUUCCCCUUGUCCCUCAUGUUCCUAUUGUUCGACCUGCACACCAGCUUCACCCAGGAUUAGUCCAAAGGUUGAUAGCCCAAGGGGUACAUCCACAGCAUCUUCCAAGUUUGCUCCAAGCUGGUGUGCUUCCUCCUGGGAUAGACAUGGCUCCUUUACAGGGGCUAUCUGGCCCACUCCUGGGUCAACCCUUGUACCCUUUGGUCUCUGCUGCUAGUCACCCUCUCCUAAACCCUCGUCCUGGGACCCCUCUGCAUUUGGCGGUGAUGCAGCAGCAGCUACAGCGCUCAGUUCUGCAUCCUCCAGGCUCUAGUUCCCAGGCAGCAGCUAUCAGCGUUCAGACUCCUCAGAAUGUACCCAGCCGGUCGGGCAUGCCCCACAUGCACUCCCAGCUGGAGCAUCGUACCAGCCAAAGGAGCAGCUCCCCUGUGGGCCUUGCCAAAUGGUUUGGCUCAGAUGUGCUACAGCAGCCUCUGCCCUCCAUGCCCACCAAAGUCAUCAGUGUAGAUGAACUGGAAUAUAGACAGUGAAGAGGGCAGGCUGGCUCACCCAUACCUGGACCUGUGGUGACACCCUGGUCAUGACUCUCAUUCCCUCUUUGUAAUGGGCUUUUACAUUGGAGCACACUAUGUGAAGAUGUUUAGGGGAUCCACAUACCUACCAUGAUCUACAUUAUGACAGAAGGCUGUUAAAUCGAAUGAACCUACAUGGUUCAAAUACAAGGGAUACAAGAUUGUCAGUCCUGGAAGUCUUUCUUUUAUAAAAUAUGUGAAUGAAGUGUUGGUGUCUUCUAGAGGUGACACCUAAGGGUUCUGAAAAAAUAAAAUGUAUAGACCCUUAUGUACAGACCUGUGUAUAAACUUUUGUACAUACAAAUAGGGUAGCUUUUUUUGAACUUAUACAUACAGCUGUACAUAAAGUAACUAUCAGUUAGGCUUGUGUCAACUGUUUGGAUUUUUUUCACUUGAAUAUUUGGGACUUUUUCUUUUGGUUUAUUAAAAGUUACAUAUGCCACGUGUGUGAACGAUA